CGCCAGUGCGCCUGCAACGCGUUAUCUAAGCAUCGCAGAAAGACUUUUACAUCCUGAAGAACUGUAUCAGAAACGCUUCAUUGAGAACUCAAUCACGAACAUUAAGACAAUAUGGCAGACAAUUGUAAAUUAUAUGUCGGAAAUAUAAGUUUUAAUUCAUCAGAAGGCGAUCUACGAGACCAUUUCGAACAAUACGGCAAUGUUCUUGAAUGCAACAUUGUUUUGGAUCGUGAGUCAGGUCGGUCAAGAGGGUUCGCGUUUAUCACAUUUAAGGAUCCCUCAGAAGCAGGAAAUACGAUUACCAUGGACCAUGAAUUGGACGGGCGCAGACUAAAGGUUUCGAUAGCGGAGUCAAAACCUGGUGGCGGGAGAGUGAAUUAUGGUGGCGGCUACCAACAACGGUCGUCCAACUACCAACAACGGUCCAACUACGGAGGUGGUGAUGGAUUCCAAAGGCGUGGGUACGGAAGUGGUGACAGCUAUGGUUCAUCGGGUGGUUACGGAGGUAGUGGUGGCAGAAACUACGGAAGUGGUGGUGGUGGAAGACCAUACGGAGGAGGAAACUACGGAGGAGGAGGAGGAAGAAACAACUACGAUGGGGAUAGUUAUGGAUCGAGUGGGAGAUCUGGCUAUGGAGGAGGAGGCGGAGGCAACGGCUCAAGAGGUGGUGGCUGGUAGGUGAAUACAACACGUGUGUUAUUGUUGUACUCGCUCUCAUCUGACUCGAUCACCAGCAUCGCUCCUAAUAUCGUAUAUAUGUAUAUAUACAUUCAGAUGUUGGAGUUACAGACAGACAUUGUAAUAGUAACAGGCUUUCAGAACAGUUACACUUCAUUUCUUGUAUUGGAGCUACAAAGAGGAACUUUGACUAUUAACACAUCAGACCAUGAUUAAUGUUGUUGCCACGAAUUUCCCUUAAUCAUUAAUAAAAAGGUUGUACAGAUA